UUUUGAGUUCACAAGUCCCUCUUCUCUUCCUCUCUCUCUCCUUCUUUCACCACAUCACUCCUUCAAAUUCAAAUUUCAAGAUUUUGAGUAUCAAUUUGCAGAGGCAUAGAUAUCAAAAUGGAUGGGAAGGGCAAGAGCAAGAUGCCUCCUAAUGAUGAUGAUCACAACCCUAACCCUAAAAGAACUCGCCCUUCUUCUUCAUCUGGUAUUGGAGAUAGAUCUGUAGCUGAAGAUGAACACGUGCUUGAAUUUUUGUCUCGAAUCCAACCUAUCUUGAGCAAUUGGGUUGAAGUGGGAGUGAUAAAUGCACUUCAAACCCACUUUCAUCCUCUUCUUGAAUUACUAAGAGAAAGGAUAGAGAGUGGAGAAGAAGCAAUUGUUGAAGGAGGGGUUGAGAAGUUCAAGCUAGUUUUCUGCAAUCAACCAGCCUCCACUAUCUUCACCAACAACAAAAUCAAAGCAGAAAAUGGUGAGGCUCUGGUAGUUGCAAUUUGUGAUGCCACAACCAAUGACAUAAUACGCACGGGUCUCAUGGCAUCGGCUGCGGUUGAGCUCGGUCUUGUCAAUGGAGACUAUGAUGGAACUAACCGUAGUGUAAGUGAAUUGAAUCGAAACGUUUUAUCCGCAAGAGAGGGGAAAAGGCCUUUAAUGCAUGGUGAUGGUACCAAAUUCCUUUUGGAGAAUGGCUAUGCUCCCAUUAAUUGCGUGUGUAUUACGGACAACUCGAGUUGGACGAAAUCCAAGAAGUUUCGUAUAAUAGCGAAGAUUAUAGAUGAAAAAAUUCUAGCCAUGUUUCCAACAAUUGGGGUUGCUGUGUCCCAAUCUUUUAGGGUCAUGGAUCAUCGUGGGGAAGUGAACAAGAAGCAUCAUCCUCCGAGCAGAGAAGAUGAAGUUUGGCGAUUGGAAGGCAUUGGAAAAGAUGGCGCGUAUCACAAAAACUUAUCCUCCCAUGGCAUAAAAAAUGUGGGCGACUUCUUACUGAAAUACCAUGAAAUAGGUUCUGCUCUUCUGAAAAAGCUGCUUGGUAACAAAGUUCCAGAUAAAACAUGGACGAUGAUGGUUGAAAACGCUUUUGAGUGUCAAAGCUAUACCAGAUAUGAGCCAUUAUCAGAGACAUAUUUGCUAUCAAAUAAUGUCAUGGAAGAUAGAGCUUAUAAUGAAGUCCUUGACAUUCUCGAGCCGAACAAUUUAGAUCACUUGUGCUUGGAAUGUGGGCUUGCUGAUUCGCGGCCACUACUUACCGGAGAAGCUUCAACCUUAUGUGAGGCAGCUGCAGCCACAACGGUAUGCAGCCACAACUAUGCAAAUACUCAUACCGAUCAAAGACCUUUGACAAAGUGAGUAUCCGAACUCAAUGAUUCAUACGAAUCACUAUCUUUUACAUCUCUGUGCAACGAUAACUUAAUUGAGACUCUUUCCUUUAGAUUUCAUACCAACUUCGUUGAAGACUCUUUUCUUUAGAUUUAAUAUAAACUUCGUGGGAGACUCUUUCCUUUAGAUUUAAUAUAAA